AUGGACCUCCAUAGCUCAAGUUCAAGCUUUCUUUAUACUCUUGCCAUGGCAAUCUCCAUUUUCUUGUUCAUGCUGUUUCUGCCCAUUGCAAACUCACUGUCCUUCAACUUCACUACUUUUGAUCCCAAUAUGGUAGAUAUAUCUUUCCAGGGAGAUGCUUUUUCGUCUAGUAAUGUUCUUCAACUGACAAAGAAUGCACAAGAUGCUAACCUCACCAGUAGCGUCGGCCGGGCCUCAUAUAAGUAUCCUGUGCGACUUUGGGAUGCCAAGACAAGAAGGCUUACAGACUUCACCACCCACUUCUCCUUCAUCAUGAAAGCGGUUGACCCAAAUCGGUUUGGCGAUGGGAUGUCUUUUUUCAUCGCACCUUUUGAUUCUCAGAUCCCAUACAACUCGAGUGGCGGUUUUCUUGCAUUAUUUAAUCGUGAUACUGCUUUCAAUGCCUCCAAAGAAAAUCAAAUCAUUGCAGUUGAGUUUGAUAGUUUUCAAAAUCCUUGGGAUCCGAGCGAUAAUCAUGUGGGCAUCAAUGUGAAUUCAAUUAUAUCUGUGACAAAUGUAACAUGGAAGAGCAGCAUUAGAAACGGGUCACAGGCUAAUGCAUGGGUAAGUUAUAAUUCCACCACCAGAAAUUUAAGUGUUUUUCUAACUUAUGCCCAGAAUCCUGUGUUUAGUGGUAAUUCUAGCCUUUCAUACAUUGUUGAUUUGAGGGAUUUUUUGCCCGAAUGGGUUAGAGUAGGUUUCUCUGCGUCUACAGGGUCUUGGGUUGAACUACAUAAAGUUAUCUCUUGGGAUUUUGAUUCCAGCUUGGAAAUUAAUCAGAAAGCCAGAAACAAAACAGGAUUGCUUGUUGGUAUAUCUGUGGGUUUGGGAUUCUUGGCUUGUGCUAUCAUAGGUGUGAUUUGGUUAGUGUUUUGGAGAAGAAGGCAUGGUGGGAGAAACGAAGAUGAGGCUGAUGAUAUUUCCAUGGAUGAUGAAUUUGAAAAAGGAACGGGACCUAAGAGAUUUACUUUCACUGAACUAAGUCGCGCAACAAGCAACUUUGCUGAGAGUGGAAAGCUAGGGGAAGGAGGAUUCGGAGGCGUUUACAAGGGAUUGUUGAGCGAAUCCAACACACAAAUCGCUGUUAAGAAGGUCUCAAGAGGAUCAAAACAAGGUAAAAAGGAGUACGUAUCAGAAGUGAAGAUCAUUAGUCGUUUGAGACACAGAAAUUUGGUUCAACUUAUUGGUUGGUGCCAUGAAAGAGGUGAGUUCCUUCUUGUUUACGAGUUCAUGCCCAAUGGAAGCCUUGAUUACCAUCUCUUUGGAGGGGAAACUAUGUUAAUUUGGAGUGUGAGGUACAAAAUUGCUCUCGGGCUGGCUUCUGCCCUGUUAUAUCUCCAUGAAGAGUGGGAGCAAUGCGUAGUGCAUAGAGACAUCAAGUCCAGCAAUGUAAUGUUGGAUUCAAAUUUCAAUGCCAAGCUUGGUGACUUUGGUCUGGCCAGACUUGUAGACCAUGAGCUGGGUUCGCAAACUACAGUUUUGGCAGGCACGAUGGGCUAUUUAGCUCCAGAAUGUGUCACCACAGGCAAAGCCAGUAAAGAAUCAGAUGUAUACAGUUUCGGGGUGGUUGCACUCGAAAUCACAUGUGGAAGGAGACCAGUCGAUACAAGGCAAGAACCAAAUAAGGUAAGGCUUGUGCAGUGGGUAUGGGACCUGUAUGGUAAAGGGCAGCUUCUGGAAGCUGUGGACAUAAGGUUGAGUAAAGAAUUUGAUGAGCGGCAAUUGGAAUGCUUGAUGAUUGUUGGAUUAUGGUGCUGCCAUCCUGACUCUGCACUUCGGCCACCUAUAAGGCAAGUGAUAAAUGUCCUGAAUUUUGAAGCUCCAUUGCCUAGCCUUCCAGCAAAGUUGCCAGUGCCAAUGUAUUGUGCACCUCCCAUGAGUCAGUGCAAGUUCUCCUACACAUCUUCGGGCUUGACAACUUCUGAGAGCAGCUGCACUACGAAUUCCUCGCUCUUGACAGGCGGGUCUGCAAAAUCUCUUUUGAAACAAGAGAAACAUAAUGUCUGAUCUUCUCAAGUCCAUAGGCUGCAAAAAUUAACUUUCCCUUGUAAUGUAUCUGUGCUUAUUGUAAAUUUCCCUGUUAAGCUUAUAGAGCUUAUUGUUUUAUCGAUUAUUAUCAAUGAAAUAG